AUUAGAGUAGAAAAAGCGUGCAACAAAGUAAAAACAAUCUUUUCUUGUGGACUUUGAAAUUCCCACACGUCAAAACCCUAAAAUUUCCUCAAAAGCUCAUCCCCACAAUUUCAUUUCAAUGCGAACCGUAACUGUAAAACCCUAAUUCCCCCUUCUGUCACAAUCUGAGCGGAAUCAUUAUGGCACCCGGUCUCAGAACGACUUCCGGCGCCCCUCCCUCUUCCCGCAAGCGCCACCUCUCCGAUUGCGCUAAGCCCAAAACUCCAACGCCGUUGGAUCUCUCUUCCCCUAAAAAGACCCGGGACCUCCCCAACUUGACAGAAUGCCAAGCCUGCGGAUCCCGAACCGACACCGCCAACGGCAAGAACCGAAUUCAAACGCUUUACAGCGAGUGGCGCAUUGUUCUCCUCUGCUCUAGAUGUUCUCAUCGCGUUGACUCAUCCGAAAUCUGCUCUUAUUGUUUUAAAGAAGCCUCCGAAGAUUGCUUUUCUUGUGGCCAAUGUAAGCGUUCCCUUCACAAAACUUGUUUUUUAGAUUACAAAUCUGUUCCGCCGUGGUCCUUCUCUAUUUGCGGUUCGGAAUUUACGGUUUGCAUCGAUUGUUGGGUCCCCAAACAGAUUGCUCGUAAAAGGGGUAAUUUCAGGCGCAAUAAAAAAGCCAGGAAUUCUAGCAUUUUGGAUAAUAGGGACGGUGGGGGGGCUAAAUUGUUGGAAUCUGUAGUGAAAGAUGCGAAUUGUGCGAUGGGGAAGAAGGUUGAGGCAGCAGUUAAGGCUAGGGAGAUGGCGGUUAAGAAAGCCAUUGUGGCCAAGCGGGCUGUGGAAUUGGCGAGUAAUGCAUUGGAAGAGUGUGAUGAUGCUGAAUUGGCGUUUCGGUUGCAUAGGGCAAUGAAUAGUUCGCCUAGGAUUUCAAAGAAUAGAAUAUUGGGUGAUCAAAAUGGUUUGGAGCCAUUGAUUGCUGGUAAUAGGGCUUUCAGUGGCUUGAAACCAACUGAGAUAGUUUAUGCACGGCGUAGUAAGAAUCCAACUCAGAUAGUUUAUGCUUGCUGUAGAAAUGAACCAACUGAGAAGGUUUAUCUAGGGCGCAGAAAGAAACCAACUAAGUUAGUUUAUAAACGGCGCAGAAAGCACAGCGAAUGCAAGGAAGAGUGUGGUGUUGAAAUAGGAAUGAAGGAGAGAGAGGAGAACUGUUCUAGUUUGUUGUUGAACUCAAGCGGGUUUCAUAGUGGCAUGAAAUCUGAGUCUAAACCUUGUAAUUACCAAGAUGACUGUACUGUCUUUAAAGAUACACGGUCUGAUGUGAAACUUGUUCAUUAUUUGUUAACAUACAGUAGGAAGAAAUCAAACCCAAAGGAAACUCCAAAUGGCAAAAUUAAGUCCCUAUCUGAAGGAUAUAACCUUGAAAGUCAGAUUACAGCUCCUCAACUGCCAGAAUCCCUAAUGAUCUCGACUUCUACACUCCAGCAUUGUGAUAUUCCUCAUCAAGCUGCAGCCGGUGCAAGUGACUCGUAGACUGAAGAAGCAUUCUUUUCCUUGGAUUGGGUUGUGGAUAAUUUGUCUGGGAUGCUUUGAGGAUGCUCUGCAGAGUAGCUGGUGUAUAUAAUUGCAAGCCAGUUGAGGAAAAAGUGCUGCCGAAGAUAAUCUUACAACUUUUGGAGGUUCCUGGUUGCAACUUAAAAAGUCUCAUGGUCAUGGGAAUAUCCACAUAUUGGAUGGUAGUUCUACUGAUGAUGAUCCUUGGAUUAUUGACAAGCUAAAUUGAAGCAAUACCUCACAUGGUGAUAGCCAUUUGAAGAUGAUUUACUCUUUGCAACAAAGCACUUGAUUAUAAUCUGUCAUGGACUAUUGCCCCCUGAAGACUAAUGGAAUUGCUGCAAAAUGUAUUGUUCACCAGUGCUCAGUAAGAGACUUUUUUGUUGCAAUGAAUGUGAUCUUGGUGACCAAGCACAAAGCAUAAGGUUCAGUGUUGAAGGUGGUGACAUCAUGCAAAACUGCUAAAUGGAAGGACUUGAUCUAGAUCAUUUCUUGAGAAUCUUGGUUAGGCAAGUUCCCUUUUUGGUUCAUCUUGACUCAUUUAACAGUUUUUGGUUAAAUUUUAAUGUUAGACAACACUUCACUUCUUAUCAAAUGAAGCUUUUUGGAAAUUUUACUAGAGGAUGUUUUAAUAUUGAGUGCAUCAUGUUUUUGUCUUAAGAUUUGUUCCAUUGCCUGUAAUGAUAAUAAACAUUUGUCCUAAUGCGAAAUUUGUUUUCAACAUUUUCCAUUUUCCAAAUUUUAUCUGUUUCAUCAACUCUUGUAAAA